GCGUACUUCUGUCAAAGCGCGAUAGCUCCUCAAGUCAGUCUGUCUUCGAUCGGUACUCGAGGUGGUUGUGCAAGUUCGCGCGGACGUUGGCAGUGGAAAACUCAGGUUUCUGGGAAACACGAAACGCGGUCUUGCGUAUAAACGUUGCGAGUGCAGAGAGAACUGUUUUCUUGCUGAUUUACCCUUGAGAUGUUCAUACUUUUGAAUGGAAUUUAAGGAAAAUGCUUGUGUGGAAUUAGUUGUACUUUUCACUAGACUCCGCCCGAAUACUUCGACAUAAAUAAUCCUGGUUUCGCGUGGGUGAAUCGAGAUUAGGAAAAUGUGUUUGAUCGAAUCGCGUUUGGUUCCUUUGGUGCUUAUGAGCUUGUUUGUGGUGUCAAGAGUGGAUAUAGCGCACGGAUUACAAUGUCAGAGGAUAUCGACGCCUCUGUGCCAAGGAUUGGGAUAUAAUAUGACUGCGCUGCCAAAUUUGGCUGGUCAUGCAACGCAGGAAGAAGCUGAAGAAGCGAUCACCAAACUCCUUCCGCUUGUUGAGUCUGAAUGCUCAGAGCGAGUUCGCUUUCUUAUAUGUUCAUCACUUUUUCCACUCUGCUCACCGGACGUCCCCCGCCCAGUGACAGCAUGCAAGGAGCUCUGCGAAACAAUAGAAGCGGAUUGCAUGAAAGAACCGACAGUGGUACAUCUUUGGCCGUCUUUCUUGAUUUGCAAAAACCUGCCUCAUCCAGACAAUCAGGAACUAUGCAUGCAAAUACCACAGGAGAAAAUUCAAAUUCCGCCACAACAGAAUACUUACUGGCCUUGGUUUCACUGGAAAAGUUCGCAUCCGUUAAAGUCAAUUCCAAAAAUUAUUUGUCCAGUAAACUACACAGCAGCGAACGAAGUAUGCAUCCCUCAAUGUGAUAGAGAUGUCCUCUAUUCAUCACAUCAGAAGAAAGUAACUGAAACGCUGAUCCUAUCACUGGCUGCGAUUUGCUUCAUUGUUACGCUGUUUUCAUUGGUGACAUUUUGGGCGGAGCCAACGAGAUUUGGGUAUCCAGAACGGCCAGUAUUGUUCCUUGUCCUGAGUUAUAAUCUGAUAAGCGUUUGCAAUCUAGAAGGUAUUGUUUUUCACAGUCCCGGCAGAGAUGCCAUUGCCGAAGAGAACUCUUCAUGCGCGUUAUCGCCGCCUUGCCUCGCAUCUUACAUAACUACAAGCUAUCUUACACUUAGUGCUACAACUUGGUGGUUGAUUUUCGCAUUGUGUUAUUACCUCUCAUCAAAUAAGCGCUGGUCAAGUGAGGCACUUGAGAAGAAAUCAGGACUAUUUCAUGUUUUGGCAUGGGUUCCACCACUGGCCCCGCCAAUUAGUGCCCUACUUUGGGGAGCCAUUAAGCCACAUGAACUAACUGGGAUUUGUACAGCUCCAGGAUUCGUAGAAAUACCAGCAUUGAUGCUUUUAACUUCAGGAGCAAUAUUCACGAUACUCGCCUCACGGUCGCUUCAAGGACUUCAAGAACAACUGCGCAUAGCGAACGACAGUCAACGCUUCUCACAGGUUCGAAAGCGAAUACUUAUUUUCAGCAUUCUGUAUUUUGUCCCAGCGACUUUGUCAAUAGUACUAACCUUCUUCGAGAAACUAGAAAACGAGGUGCCGCCAUGCCUGAGUCCAGAAUCUUGCGAGAUACCUACUAAGAACUCCUCGAUAUGCACAAUUCUGAGACUGAUUUGCCACUUCGUUGCUGGCUCCUUGACUGGAAUGUGGGUGUGGUCCAGGAAAACUUGUGAGUCCUACCGAAAUAGGAUCACAGCAUCACCUCCAGUGACCCAGGUGAAAAAACCCAAACCACACAUCCAGAGUGGACCUUUAUACAGCGGCAUCAAUUUCCAUAACGUACCACUUUACAGCGAUAAUCACUCGCGAGUGUAGUAUUGAGUCAAGCGAUUAGUUUUAAGGAUCUACUUUCAAGUACUUUAGUAUUGAAUACGCAAGAAAAAUUUGUCAGUACUACUACAUAUGAUAACUGUAAUCCCAGUAGGUGCAUGCACGCUUAGGCUAACGAUAGUUUGUGUAAAUAUUUAGGACUAGGAAAAACUGUGAAAUUUGUUUUAAAUUAUUUUUUAUUAUUUUUGUAUGAGCUGAAAUGAAUCUGAACCACGUGUGGUGUGUACAAAGUGUAAGAAGUUUUAUAACUCGAUGUGUAUAUAUUAUGUAAAAGAGCUUUAAAUUUAAUAAUUUAUUUUUGUACAUAGAAGGAAAAAUAAACUUUAUAAGUUUCUUGAAUCAA